AUGCCUGCCAUUGCUAAGACAUUGCUAAUGUUAGUUGGCACUAUUGACCUGAAGCAACAGAGCUGGAGGAGAGAUAUUGUUCAUGUUUGCUGUAUACGAAAAGCCACAGAGCUGCUAAUGAUGGCAAGAGACGUAUCUUCAGAUCAUGUGUAUGCCUAUGCUUUAUACAAAACGUUAACUGAAGUGGACUCGCCAAUCACUGUGGGUUUGUACUCAUCAUGUCACAGCAGGAUCAAAAUGAUCCUCAAAAGCAUCAAAGGUUACAUGGAUGAGGAGGCAAAGACAAAAAACCAAAACAGCAAGGGCUCGAACAAUAUCGGCAGCCUGAUUUCACUUAUCUUCCGUCUCCUUUUCUAUCGACCUGUGUGGACAGUUAAAAAACAGAGCUGGGACUGCCCCCGCUAUGUGUUCGUCAGCUUCAGUGCUUGGCACUUUGCAGGCAGUGACAUGCUUUGGGCUGGCUUAGUGAUGCAGCUGUGCCAAUCUCUUCAAGACAGCUUUGGCAGGCUUCAGCUCAGCCUCUUCCGAGUAGCUCAGUAUGACCCACGAAAGGAUUCAAGAAAAAAGAAGAUAGAAGUUAGCUCAAAUGAUUGGAGGUCCAAGAAGUUCUGCUGCUGCCCACUCUGGGCGCUGGUGCUUAUGUUACUCAUGGUUUCGCUCUUUGUUCUGGUACCGAUUAUUAUUAUUGAGUUUUCUAGCAGAAAGCAUGAAGAAGACAUGGGUAUUGAUGAAAGCCAUGCAGUGUUGGACACUUUUGCCAUUGCGAUGUUAGGACUACCUGCUGCUGGAGCAGUGAGAUUUAUUUUCAUGUUGGUAAAAAACCUUAUUUUUAAUCAGGAUGCUAAUGUCAGAAAAGCUUUGGACAACAAUAAAGUCAGCGAGCAGUUGGGUUUAAUGCAUGAAAUCCGAAAGGAGAUGAGGCUUCUCUCGUGCUUUAUUCACUUCAUGGAACUCUUUGAACAACGGAGGAUAAGAGUCAUGCUGGAGAUCACCAAUUUGGACCGCUGCACCCCAACGAAAAUUGUUGGCGUCUUGGAUGCCAUUAAUAUUCUUCUAUCUGAUGAAGAAAGUCCCUUCAUUUCCUUGGUGGCAAUUGAUCCAGAAGUGCUUGCUCAAAAAGUAGACCAGGCAGAUGGUUGCUUCAGUAAAAAUGACCAAGCAUAUGGAUUCUUGGACCGCAUCAUUACACUUCCCUUCACUGUCCCAACUCUGUGUAAUGAGUCAAAAUGCCAAGUCUUUGAAAAUAUCACAGAGGGACGUUCUGCAAUGCUUAGUGGUGCACAAAAUGAGGUUUUGGAUUCACCUUACAUAAAGACCACGCCUUCUGUAGAACGUGACUCCUUGUUAGAGAGCAACCCACACGAGGAGGUCUAUGAGAGUUCCUUUGGACAAAGCAAUACUCAUCCCCAUUCAUAUAAUAAGAACAAAGUUGAAAGUUUAAUCCAGGAUGCAUUCAGGAGCAUUUUCUUGCAUAACCAGAGUAAGCUUCAAACCUACAUUUCCGAAAACACAGUGUCCAUGAGGAGGGUAAUCAACUCCAUCAGAGUCUCCAUUGUGGUCAGGGAGGCUCUCCUAGGUGAUGUUCCACAUCCUGAAUCUGUCGCUGCUUGGAUUGUCUUGGUGGACCGCUGGCCUUGUAGACUAAGCUGGAUACUUCAGUGUGCGGAGGAUGAACACCAGACUGUACAGAGCAGUGAAAGUGAGAUUGACUUUGAUCACAGCAAGACUCUGUGGAAUGUGUUCACUGAGCACAGAUUUGAGCUCCAUGUCAUUAGGAAUGAGGUGGAGAAGUUCCUGGAAAGAGAUGACGAUCCUGAGUUGUUCGAGAUAUUCCUCAAAAAGGAUUACAAAUUCACAGUAUGGGAGGCAUAUAACUUUAUGAAAUACACUGUUAACUUGGAUCAUUCCAUUAAGAAUGAAUUAGCCAGGAUUAGACAGAGCAACACUGUGAGAGGAACGGGGAGAAGUACUUUCAAAAAUUUGUCUCAAAGGAUGUUGUUCAGCAUGACUGUUGAGGAUGUUUGCAAUGAGCUGUCCAAGCUAGGGCUACCAGAGAAGUACUCCGAGAUUGUAAAGAAAAACCAUUUAAAUGGCCAGACGCUGCUCAUAGCUGAUCCAGCCGAUCUGAAGGAAGUUAUGCAAAUGACUCUUGGGGAAUGGACUUCUUUUACGAUUCAUUUUCUUGGGGUCAUGUCAGGUUAUCGAAUGAAUGUACCUAAAUCAGAGCCAGUGAUCUCCAAUACCAAUGUUGUUGACCGAAAUGGACGUUGA